AUUUGUCAAAAGUUCCUUCUCAUAAAUACACAUAGAUAGUUUUUUUGUUGGUUAUAUUUUUCUAUUCAUUUAUUCUUUAACAACAAAUACAGGAAUUCGAAUUAUUUUUGCUUCAAAUUUCUUUUCAAAAUUAAACCGAUUUUAGUUUUAUUAAUAGUCAUAGCGUAUAGUGUUUAAGUGUGAACAAGUAGAAAAAAGGAGACAAUAAAUUUUACCAAAUGUACAUUUCGUAGCGACUGUGUAUCGGGCCCCCAGAAAAGAAAGAAAUACGAAACACACACACGGAAGAAAGAAAAAAAAACAACAAAGAAGAGAGUGAUUUGCUCAAAAUUGUGUUUUAAUGAUCGAUUAUCAAUAACGAUGCCGUGUUGGUACUAUGACAAAAAAGAGCUACGAAACACACCGUCCAUUCGUGAUGGCAUGGAUUUUGAAACGGAACGCCGGUAUCGUAAAGAAGGCACCAGAUUUAUCAUGGAAUGUGGCACAGAAAUGAUAUUGGGUCAUCAUACAAUUGCAACGGGUGCAAUUUACUUCCAUCGCUUUUAUAUGUUUCAUACGUUUCAAGAAUUUCCGCGCUACGUUACCGCCUGUUGCUGCUUAUUUUUGGCCGGCAAAGUGGAAGAAACGCCAAAGAAAUGCCGUGACAUCAUAACCACGGCCCGUUCAAUAUUGCCCGAUCCAAAAUUCCAGGCAUUCAGCGAAGAUUUGCGAAAAGCCAAAGAAGAGGUCAUGACACUCGAAAGUAUACUAUUACAAACCAUAAAAUUUGAUUUAGAAGUCGAGCAUCCGUACAAUUUUCUCGUUUCGUACGCCAAAAGUUUGAAAGGUGAUAAAUCUAAGCUACAAAAAAUGGUGCAAAUGGCCUGGAAUUUUGUCAACGAUUCACUCAGCACAACGGUUUGCCUGCAAUGGGAACCAGAAAUUAUCGCUGUUGCACUUAUACAUUUAGCUAGCAAAUUAAGCAAAUUUACGGCAACCGACUGGAUUGGGCGAGAACCAACACAUUUACGAUGGUGGGACAUGUUUAUAUCCGAUGUAACGAUGGAAAUUCUCGAAGAUAUUUGCCAUCAAGUGCUUGACUUGUAUCAGCAACCCAAUCAACAGGCACAACAAUUGGCCGAAGGCAGUUCACCGCCAUCGAUAAAAGCCAAAACGGCAGUGGCCAUAUCACCCAUUCCCGCCCAACGACUGAAACCGAAAGAUCCUCCAACAAAAGACAUGAACACUGAAAAUGGCAUACACAAUAAUUUAUCAGCGUCCGAAUUUGUAAAGGCCAAUCGAUCGAGUUUUGCAACAACAUGCUCGGUACCGCCACCACCGCCACCGCCAUUACCACAACCAUGCACAGGUAAUCAACCGCCAUCGAUAUAUUCAAUGAACGCAUAUCCACAGUCAACGAUGAUGCCGACAAAUGUACCAUACAAUAUGCCGCAAUGUGCUCAACAACCUCCUCAUAAUAUUUAUUAUAAUCAGCCAACUAGUAGAAUAAGUGGUGCAUAUUAUCCGGGGCCUUAGACACAUAACAUUCGAAUGUGCUUUUCGUUUUGCAUCUUGAACCAACACAUCCAUUGAUUUCAAGAUUCCGAUUCUUAACCCUUCUUUUUCGAAAAAAAAGAAAACAAUUUUAUCAAAUAAAGCAUAUCAAUUUGCAAUCGAACUACCAUUAGCAAUUGGUCAUACGUCUCGUAGCUAAGAAUUGUAAUUUAUAUUAGAAAAUCAUGGUUGAAAAAAAUGCUCCAAAUUAAUAUAUAUAUAUAUGUAUAUAUAUACAAAAGAUUGAUAGAUAAAACUAUUAAACAAAUUGAUUAUUAUAAAGAGAGAUUUAGCGACCUCAAUAAUGCUAACUCAUUAUACCAACCAGUACCAAUUAAAUAGAUAUGGCAAUAUAUUCCUACACAAAUGCCCUUCACAUGAACAUUUGUUGAAUCUUUCCUAAGUGUGUCGUUAACAUAUUCUUUACUGCAAUUUUUAAGAGAUCGUUUUUUUAUUAAUGUGAAGAGAGAAAUACAAAGCGAAAUGAAGCCGAUAAACUGUAGUGUAUUUUCAACAGGGAGAAAUAAAGAGGAAUUUAUAUGAUUAAAUUAUUUA